UUCUCUCUUUUUCUGGAUCUGCUGAACCUGCUGCAUCAUUGUCGUGUGUGUGUGUGUGUGUGUGUGUGUGUGUGAGCUGCACGUGCUGCUUCUCCUCUGGUGUCUAAUGAGAUUCCCCUCGUUAAAGUCUUUAGUGUAGUAAUCUGCACCUGCACAUAGACGACCCGAGAUCUGCACAGAACCAGAGACCAGAGGAACAGCAGUAUUCAGAUUGUGCUGCUCUGAGGAAUCGAGGAGUUUUAUCAGCCCUCAGUGAGUGGAACCACACCGAUUUGAGUCUCCAUCAGAUGAUGAUCCGUCUGAAGCGCUUCCACAGAUAGAGCUGCUGUAGAUCUGAUCCUCAUGGAGUCAAUGCUGAAGAAGUCUCUGCUGGCGCCCGUAAAGACCCUGAAGUUCUGCGUGAGCGGAGAGAAGACCAACCACGGGGCCCGGAGAGGCCCGAAACGCCAGGGGUCAAAGGGCAGGAGCUGCAAGCCUGACCCGCGUCUGCUGCGAUCCUAUCAGACCGAGCUGGACAGAGAGAGGAAACUACGAGAGGCGAUGAACGCUCAGAAGAACGCAGAGAGAGCUGCGAUGAGAGCCCAUUUCAGGAGGAAAUACCAGCUGACCAAGAAUGCCAAGGAUGCGGAGCAGCUGCGAGCCGCGGGGGGGAAAGUGUGUCUCCCACGAGAUCUGGUGAAGAUGGUCCGUGGUGAAGCCCCUGCUAAAGACAACAGCUUCUGUCUGCGGAGCGCCUUCCAGAGCCUCAGCCUCAGCACAGGCAUCUUCACAGGAAGACCGCGCCAGACACCCUCCUCAGCCAAUCAGACGCAGCCCUGCAGGGUCAUGUGACGCUCCAGACACGGGUUUGACACUGCAUGAGUCUCUCAUCACAAGUUUCCAUCCACCUAUUCUUAUGUGAAUUUUGAUAUAUCUCUUAAACACUGGAUGGAAACACCAAGAUGUGCAUAAAUUAUAAAAAAUGUGCAUAAACUUUUUUUAUCCGAUUAGAAAGAUAUGUAUAUAUUUCACACUUUGUGACAGCUUUGAUAAGCAUAUAAUACUGUAUUGCACUGUAGUAGCAUUGUUUAGAGCUGAAUCAUUGGAGAGUUUACAUUUGUUGACUUUAUAAACACUCAACAUUUGAUAAUAGUGUGUGUCAUUAUAUUUGAGAAGAUGAGUAAUACUGUAUAAUGGAUAGAUUUUGAACAUUUUUGUCCAUGUCUAAGCUGUUUAAGUGGGAAGUUGUUUAAGAUUCAUGCCAUAAUGCUUUUUUAUUCAGUUUGCCAUUUUGCACACCAGACACAUCUGACAAAGAAUAAAAACUCCAUCUGAUGCAUCAA